AUGAGAGAGAAGAUAGAAGAAGGAGCAGAAAAAUAUGAUAAAGUGAUGAUAGUGGGGGAUUUUAAUGCGAGAAUAGGAGAAGAGAUCGGGAUAAGAGAGGAAGAAGGAGCAAACAGAAAAAAGAGAAAGUCCAAAGACAAAGUAGUGAACAGUGAAGGAAGAAAGCUGCUAAAAAUAUGCGAUGAGUUAGGACUAAAAAUAUGGAAUGGAAGGGCAAAAAAUGAUAAAGAAGGAGAAAUAACAUACGUAGGUGGAACGGAGGAAUGCUUGGGGUCGGUAAUUGACCUGGUCAUUACAGUGGACAGAGGAAACGAAGGAGAAAUUGAUAUGAAAAUAGUUGAAAGAAUAGAAUCAGAUCACUUAAUUGUAGCGAUAAGGCAGUGUAAAGAAGACCAGGAAAACGAAGAUAGGGAGGAAGAAAAGCAAACAGAGGAAGAAGGAACGAAGAUAGAAGAAAAAAAAAAUUCAUAUGGAAAAAAGAAAAAAAACAAGAAUACUUAG